GCACUAGCACAGCACUAUGGGACUUGUAGUGGAAACAUGUCUUUGGAGGUUGUCUUUACGAAAAAAAUGCAUUUACGUCACAUGAGAGCAAUUAGUGGGUACCUUUAAGAACUGGAAAAUUGGUGAAAGGAAGGAACACACCACACAAUAACAGACGACGAAGUCCUCUUACUCAGCCCGGGUUGAAAACGCAGAUGCCUGCUAAACUCCUGCCGCCGCUGCCAAUCGCGGUGCUCUGCGCUCUGGUGCUCAGCAGCUCCGCCGAGGCGUGGUACAAGCAGGUGGGGGGUUCAAGCUACCACUCGGUGGGCAGAGCGUCCGGCUUGCUCUCGGGAAUCCGGAGGUCGCCGUUCGACCGCAGAGGAGCCGAUAUGGAGCCGUCAGAGGGUUCCUUCCUUCCUUCCUUUCCUGAAACAAAUGUGCUGCGUUUUAGUCUUAAGCCCACCUGCAUGAGAGACAUUGUGCCAAAAUUGCUUAGUUGUGAACGCCUCUCUGCCGACAUGACAACUUUCAAGUGCAAAGCGGACAUUUUCCUCUCUCUGGACUGAGAAGACUGGAGGACUGGGCCUAGAUCCGCUUCCGGAUUCCUUCAAUUUCCUGCUGCAGAAAUUAUGCAUCAAUGUAUACAUAGGGUACAUGUUUUCAUCAA